AUGACUGCAUGUGGGACAGCUGCUCUCGGUCUUCUGUUCCUGCUCACUGUGGCCCAGGCUCCACUGAAUUUGACAGCAGGGAAGGUCCUCGUCUGGCCAGGGGAAUUCAGCCAUUGGCUCAACAUCAAAGUCAUCAUAGAUGAACUGAUAGUCAGAGGACACAGUGUGACUGUCGUUACCCACAGUGCUACACCUUCUGUAAAGACAACUGAGUCUCCGGGCUACAAUGUGGAGGUAAUACAGGUGCCUUACACUAAGCAGGAUAUCAUUGAUGCCUUAGAGAAAUUUAUGAAGUACUGGACAUACGAUCUGCCAAAUGACAACAUGAUACAGACUUCUCUGAAGAUAAAAGAGAUCAUAGAUAUGUUUGUGGAACAGAACUACAUACUGUGCAGGAAGCUCUUUACAAAUGGAGACCUGCUGGAGAAAUUAAGUAAGGAACAGUUUGAUGUUCUUCUGACAGACCCCAUGUAUAAGUGUGGGGAACUGCUGGCACAGAAGCUGAACCUGCCAUUUAUCAUCAAUCUGAGGUACUCAUUUGGGAGUACUGUGGAGAGACUCUGUGGACAGCUGCCAACACCACCCUCCUAUGUGCCAGGGGUCGGUAUCGGGUACACGGAUCACAUGGGUUUUCUCCAGAGAGUGAAAAACAUAUUGUUUCAAUUCUUUCACGAUGUGCUAUUUACUCUCGUGAGUGUAACAAAAUGGGAUUACCUGUUCACUGAAGUCAUGGGCAAACCCACAACCCUGUGUGACACUAUGGGAAAGGCCGACAUCUGGCUGAUCAAAUCCUAUUGGGACUUUGAGUAUUCACGACCAUUCCUGCCAAACUUCAAAUUUGUGGGCGGAUUGCACUGCAAGCCUGCAAAGCCCCUGCCUAAAGAGCUGGAAGACUUUGUACAGAGCUCGGGGGAUGAUGGCAUUGUGGUGUUUUCACUGGGCUCCAUGUUAAAGAAUCUCACCAAAGAGAGAACCAACACCAUCACUUCAGCACUCAGGCAGAUUCCUCAGAAGGUCUUGUGGAAAUACACAGGAGAGAAGCCAGACAUUCUCGCUCCUAAUACAAGGCUGUAUGAAUGGAUUCCCCAGAAUGAUUUGCUAGGACAUCCUAAAACCAAGGCCUUUAUCACCCAUGGUGGUAUUAAUGGAUUGUAUGAAGCUAUUUACCAUGGAGUCCCAAUGGUGGGUUUACCACUGUUUGCUGAUCAGCCAGAAAAUAUGAUCCAUAUGAAAACAAAGGGAGCAGCUGUAAUGCUUGACAUCAAUAAAAUGGAGGCCAAAGACCUGAGGGAGGCUCUCACUGAUGUUGUAAACAAUCCAUUGUACAAAGAGAACAUAAUGAGACUCUCCCGCAUCCACCAUGACCAGCCUAUGAAGCCUCUGGACCAGGCUGUCUUCUGGAUCGAGUUUGUGAUGCGGAACAAGGGGGCCAAGCACCUGAGAGUAGAAGCCCAUAACCUCACCUGGUACCAGUACCACUGCCUGGACGUGGCUGCCUUUUUACUCUCCAUAACUGCACUGGUCAUGUUCAUUUUUGUGAAAACAUGCAGUUGGAUCUUCCGUAAAUGUUUAAGAAAGACCACAACAAAGAACAAGAAAGAGUGAAUAAGUUAGUGCAUAUAAUUGUAUUAUUAAUUAUGGAAUAAUUGUAUGUGAGUUUGGGAGCAUCAACAUUAUACUGUGCCACAGUAUCAGCUAUAAUCAUGAAGGUGUUUUAUCUUUGCCCAGUUUAAUACUGAAUGAUGAACCAAGAGAAAUCACAAAACCAAAAAUGCCCACUUGAUGGUGCUGUCCCUAAAUGUUAAGAAAAUUGGAAUAAAUUAUAUACAUGUGUAGGUUUCCAACAAGAAUGUGUGUAAGUACACACACACGCGCAGCUCACAGUGCUGAUUACUUUACAUUCAGUUUAAUUAGAUUUGUGUAGCACAGGAAAAUAAGCAUUUUGGUGUCAGUUCCUAAACUGCAAGCAAAAGAAGAUGCAUGGAAAACUGCCCUUUCAGGUUUAGCCAAAAGCAGUAGGAAAGAAAUAAGACUUUAAUAAUAUAAGGGGAAUACCCGAAAUCGAAGUUCAGGAAACAGAGUAAAUGUAGGCAACAAGGAAGGCAAAAUUGACCAAACAAACAAUUCCAAAGGCAAAGGAUCAAAAAACGGAGUGUAACGGGACCCCAGCCCAUUCCAUGUGGACAAACAGCAGAGCCGAACAUUAGAGGAAUAAUGUGGACAAUACCUGGGGCUGAAAGGCUUUUAUGUUAAUUACACCUCUCUCAGAGGGAACAAACCUGCUGUUUGCUGGAGUUUUGUAAAGUUAUUGUAAUUGUCUUACAUUGUUCAAGGUGGUCAACUGACUGUGUAGACAACUACUAGAGUUAAUGUAUAUGUGUAGAUACAGAUAUAUUUAUUAUAAUAACGUAACGGGAGUUUUGGUUCAAAGCAUGUACCUAUUUGUUUUGUUUAGCGGUUGUAAAGGGAUGAGUUAAGAGUCGUGCCCAGAAUUGAGAGAGUUGUAGUUUUGGUUCACAUUAUUGGAGCAGGUAAUUUUCCAAAUAGAAAGAGGGAGGACAAAAUUGUGAUUAAUGGCUCUGUGUUUGGAUAUGUGUAGUUAUUUUAAUUGGGAUAAUGGGAAAAUGUUUUAAAUGAUAGCCUUGGUUUGGAAUUAUAAGGGAGAGAUAUUAUGAAUUUAAUAAAUUAGGUAUCUAGAAUGGGGCGAAGAUUAAAUAUAAGGAGUGGCGUUGAAAUGCAAGGAGAGAGACGCGUUGAUUGAAUGCCAUAAUUGGGAGCAUGUUAAGUUGCCUUAUUUUAGGUUAAAUUUUGUUGGCGUGGAUGAUUUUUUUUUUUUCUUUGUUUUUGAAAUUACAUUUUUUUUGUUGUUGGUUUAUGGCAUCAUGCACCUGUCACUGGACUUUUGAGGAAAAUAAAUAUUUUUUAUUGGCCUAAUUACUACUGGAAUCGCCCUCUGUUUGACCUCCCUCAAAUGUGUUUCAUUAAUAAAUUCUAAUUUCAUCAGUACUCUGUCGUCCUGUAAAUUACAUGGUACAACUGGUAGAGCAAAG